CUCAACCUUCAACUUCCUCCUCUUCAACUUUUUCAUUUUUAUUCCUUCAUUUUACUGGGCAACAAACUGAAAACACAAAAGAAAUUAAGCACUUUAUACCAAAAAUAUAUGGAGAAACUAAAAAUAUAUUUGAGCCAAAAAUUAUGUCCAUAUAAAUAUUACUACAAAGUUUUAUUUCUUGUUAUAUUUUGUUUAUUAACACAUUUUCCAAAUACUUCUUGUUCAACACUUUCAUUUAAUUUUUAUGGACUUUCUUGUCCUUCAGCUGAAUUUAUAGUGAAAAAUACAGUGAGAUCAGCUUCUUCUAUGGAUCCAACUCUACCUGCAAAACUCCUUCGUCUUUUUUUUCAUGAUUGCUUCGUUGAGGGUUGUGAUGCAUCAAUACUAUUAGAAGGAAAUGCAACAGAGAGAAGUGAUCCAGCAAAUAAAUCAGUUGGAGGAUUUUCAGUUAUUGACAAUGCUAAAAGGGUGUUGGAAAUAUUUUGUCCAGCUACUGUUUCUUGUGCUGAUAUUGUUGCAUUGGCUGCUAGAGAUGCUGUUGAAUUUGCAGGAGGUCCAAGUGUUCAAAUUCCAACAGGAAGAAGAGAUGGAAGAGUUAGUUUGGCAACAAAUGUGAGACCAAAUAUAGUGGACACAAGUUUCACAAUGGAUCAAAUGAUUAAUAUUUUUUCCACUAAGGGACUUUCGUUAGAUGAUCUUGUUAUCCUAUCAGGUGCACAUACAAUAGGAUCAGCACAUUGCAAUGCAUUUAGUGCUCGUUUUAGAGUGGACUCAAAGGGCAAUUUAACACUAAUUGACCCUUCAUUAGACACAACAUAUGCAGCUGAGUUAACAAAACAAUGUCCAGCAGGUGCAGCAACUUCCUCUAUUACUGUCAAGAAUGAUCCUACAACACCUCAAAUCUUUGACAAUCAAUAUUACAAAGAUUUGUUAGCACAUAAGGGGCUUUUUCAGUCUGAUUCAGUUUUGUUUAGUGAUCGAAGAACUAAGGAAAGAGUCCUGGAGUUCGCGAAUGAUGAAAAUGGAUUUUUUCAGAGUUGGAGUCAGUCUUUUGUGAAGCUUUCUGUGCUUGGAGUUAAGACCGGAGAUGUUGGAGAGGUCAGAGCUUCUUGUUCGGUCGUUAAUUGAUGUGAGAUAGAGUUGCGUAUGCAGAACUUUGUGUAAGUUUGUGUGGAAUUAUAGUGUCUCGAGUUGAUAUUUUACAUAUAGGUGGUGUGUUAAUUGCUACAGGGUUUAUUGUCAUAAUUUGGGCUUGUAAGUAUGUUUUGAGUUUAGUGUUAAGUUGGUUUGUCUCAAAUUGAUACAUACUUUGUAUUAUCUUUAAUAAACAUCGACCUAUUGUAUAUUCAUAUUUUUUCGGAGUUGGAGUCAGUCUUUUGUGAGGCUUUCUA